GGCGCUAGAGCUCUUCUCGUCUCAGCUGAUUUUUUUUUGUUGACAACCGAGUGCUUGUGCUCUUCGCCGAAAUGGCCGUGUGAUCUGCAGCCUGUAGACAGCGCGCAAACUCCUCAGUGCAUCAACAUAGUGCACUGGCUCAGUACAUUUAUUCCAAAAUGGCGUCCCUUGUGGCAACUCUGACCUUUGCUGUACCUGACAGCACGAAAUUAUUCAAAUUCUCAGUAGAAGACUCUCUGAUUCCACUUGAAAUAGACAGCCAUGUCUUUGAUGAGCUCACGGUUUGGCCCGGACGAUAUGGAGGUCCUUCUCUGGGACCCAUCAUCACCGAUGGCUGACCCUCUGGGGUCCUUCCUAGAUAAAGAUGAGGAGGUUCUUCCUCUCAGAGGCGCUGAAUCGCCCCUCUCAUCUUUCUCUUCCUCUCCACUUCCCUCUCUCUCCCCACCCUGCACUCCUCCCUCCCUUCAGAGGGGGGAGAAGGCUGGGCUCAAUCAGCUGUCCCUGUCCUGGUUCUCCUCAGAUGAGCUUUGCCUAGAUAACGGUGGUGCAGGCAGUGGUAAUGAUCAUUCAUUCAGUGAAAUGGAUUGGAUGACAGAGCGAAUUGAUCUGAGUGAGUUUGAUCUGGAGUCAUUGAUUGACUCCUAUGAUUCUGAGGAUCCACCCAGUUCUCCUGAGGAACUCAUUGCUUCUCUGGAGUCACAGAUAGACCUGGAGUCCCAGCCUGUAGCUUCUGACAAUACCCCUUCACCCCCUCCCCCAGUGUCUGUCCCUGAAAUCGAUCAACUUUCCAACCUUUCAUUCACAUUGAAUACUCCAGUUUCUACUCCAUUCAUUCCCUCAACACCCUGUGAAGUGUCAGAUCCCUCCUCUGUAGUUCCUGAGCCCCAGGCUGAGCUCGAGAUAAAGUCUGAACCGGCCUCCCCAGUCCCAUCCCCUUCCAUCCUUCCACCCGAGUCCCCUACUGACACCCUUGAGCUUGGUUGCGAGGUGGACAUAGCUGAAGUUCAAAGUCCAACCCCCGUUGAGAUGCGGGUGCCCAAAAUUGUUCUGUCCCUCUCCCCAACCCGCAUCGUUCUUGUGCUUGCUCCCAAAGAGGAGGCUAAUGUGAUAGCAACCCAUCCAGGUGAGGUGGUUGUGGAUAAUUCACCAAGUCCAGCCUCCCCUGAGCCACAAUCCCCAGCCUCUCCCCAAUCUCGGUCUUGUAGGGUGAAGCCAUACCCUACACCUGAUUCUAUGCCCACCCAAAAUCAGCAAUCGGAGUCACCUUCCCUCACAGGAAGAGUGAAGUCAUCCAGUGGCCCAAAGGUUGUGGUUGAGAAGAAGAAGCUGAAGAAAAUGGAGCAGAACAAGACUGCGGCGACCCGUUAUCGUCAAAAGAAGCGUGCAGAGCAGGAAGCCCUCCUGUCAGAGUGUGCUGUUUUAGAGGAGAAAAAUCAAGAGCUGGAAGAAAAAGCAGAAUCGCUCACUAAAGAGAUUCAGUAUCUGAAAGAGCUAAUGGAUGAAGUCAAGAAGGCAAGAGAGAGCAGGAAGUCGUAGAAACAAAUGGACACAGAGGCUUGAAGCUGGGUGAAAUGGACAGUUUCAGCAUAGCCUGAAGUGCAGAAAAUAGGGAUGUUGGUCCUAAAAGAAAGUAUUUAUUGAAGGGUUGAAUAAAUAACUGUUUUGGUUCUUCCCCUAAUGACUUGGUAGAAUAAGCUUCCUUUUUAGCAUGUUGGCUAUCAGUAAAGCCUGAUAUACUUUUGUAAGUGUGUUUUUAUUUUAUCAUCUUGUGUAUUAAUGUGCACAGUAUUUUAUAUAGCAGUGCAUUGUGUAGUUGGUUGUCUUUCAGUUUCUUAAUUGAAAUUGUGCUGUAUAAACGCUCAAUACUUUAGUUCUGUCUUUGUUCAUAGAAAUGUUAUAGUGUGCUUUUAUUACCUGUUGACUUUCUAUGGGCCUUUCACCAUUUUUCAACUAACUUAAAUGUUAUUUGUGUAAUAAACAUUUAAAACGAA